AGAAGAAGAAAACGAAAAAGACACCGCGUCAGAUAUUCGACGAGCGAGCGCGUCGACGUCAUUACCAUCACGUAGGGCACCGGCUCGUAGUCGCGCUGGUGGCCGACGACGACUCGCACCCGCCGUCACUCGGCGCGUCCGAUGCUGAACGAGAGACGGCUCGAGGACAACACGCUGGCGGACGGGGAACGUAAUGGUAGCGCCGUGGUCGCCGGCCCGGCGCUCUCAUCGUCGUUGCCGUCGUGCACGGUGCCCUACAUCGGCACCGACCAGGGCUACGUGUUCGAGGGUGGCGGCACGACGACGCUGCAGCAGCCCGGUGCAGUCGGCGCCCUCGCGAUCGGCUGCACCGGUGGCGGAGGAGGUCUCGGGUUCGGCGCGUCGACGGGGGUCCCGGGGGGUGGGCUGGGUGGCGGGAUAGGACUCGGUGGAGUCGGUGGAGCCGCGGGGGUUCCAGGAAUGAUUGGUGGAACAGGAGCAGGAAGCGGAGGAGGUAUAGCAGGAGCAGGAGGGGUUGGGAGUGGUGGUGUAGGAGGAGGAGGAGGAGGAGCAGGAGGAAACGUGAACAAGGAGGUCCGUUACGCUGCAUUCGCAUCAUCUGUAGGACCGGUCGGUACCGUGGCGCCGGUAAACCUGCCUUCUCUACCGCCACCGCCGCCGCCGCCGCCGCCGCCGCCGCCACCGCCGCCGCCGCCCCUGCCGCUGCAGAUGCAGCAGCAGCGUGCCUUCUCGAGGUCGAUGACGUCCCUGCCGCCGGAGCCGUUCAUGAUCAUGCGUUCGAAGGCGCUGAACCGGCGCGUCUCGAUCAACGUCGGCGGCGUGAAGCACGAGGUGCUCUGGCGCACCCUCGAGCGGCUGCCGCACACGCGCCUAGGCCGGUUACGUGACUGCAACACCCACGAGGCGAUCACCGAGCUCUGCGAUGACUACUCCCUGAUCGACAACGAGUACUUCUUCGACCGGCAUCCAAAGUCCUUCAGCUCGAUCCUCAACUUCUAUCGCACCGGCAAGCUCCACUUGGUGGACGAGAUGUGCGUGCUGGCGUUUAGCGACGACCUCGCGUACUGGGGCGUCGAUGAGCUCUACCUCGAGAGCUGCUGCCAGCACAAGUACCACCAGCGGAAGGAGCACGUGCACGAGGAGAUGCGCAAGGAGGCGGAAUCGCUGCGGCAGCGCGAGGAGGAGGAGUUCGGCGAGGGGAAGUGCGCCCAGUACCAGAAGUGGCUGUGGGACCUCCUCGAGAAGCCGACCACGUCCAUCGCCGCGAGGGUGAUAGCUGUGAUAUCAAUACUCUUUAUUGUGCUUUCGACGAUCGCACUAACUCUCAACACCAUUCCUAGUAUGCAAGUGAAUGAUGAGAAGGGGAACUUUCAAGACAAUCCGCAGCUCGCGAUGGUGGAGGCCGUGUGUAUCUCGUGGUUCACCCUCGAGUACCUGCUUAGGUUCAGUGCCUCGCCGGACAAGUGGAAGUUCUUCAAGGGCGGUCUUAACGUGAUCGAUCUGCUGGCGAUACUGCCGUACUUCGUAUCUCUGUUCCUGGUCGAGACAAACAAGAACGCGAACGACCAGUUCCAGGACGUGCGCAGGGUAGUGCAGAUCUUUCGUAUAAUGCGGAUCCUGAGGAUCUUGAAGCUGGCCCGCCACUCGACCGGGCUGCAGAGUCUCGGCUUCACCCUACGUAACUCGUACAAGGAGCUGGGCCUGCUGAUGCUCUUCCUGGCGAUGGGCGUCCUCAUAUUCUCGAGCCUCGCCUACUUCGCCGAGAAGGAGGAGCCCGGGACCAAAUUCGUAAGCAUUCCAGAGACCUUCUGGUGGGCGGGCAUCACAAUGACCACCGUCGGAUACGGCGACAUCUACCCCACGACCCCGCUCGGCAAAGCGAUCGGCAGUGUGUGUUGUAUAUGUGGUGUCCUGGUAAUCGCGUUGCCCAUUCCCAUUAUCGUCAACAACUUCGCCGAGUUCUACAAGAAUCAGAUGAGACGAGAGAAGGCGAUCAAGAGGCGGGAGGCCCUCGAGAGGGCCAAGCGGGAGGGCAGCAUCGUGUCUUUCCAUCACAUCAACCUGAGGGAUGCCUUCGCCAAGAGCAUGGAUCUCAUCGACGUCAUCGUCGACACCGGUCACAACAUGUCCGGGGUGGAUGGUAACAGCACGGAGGGUGAGUCCGCGAGUGGUCGCGGGCCCGCGCAAACCGGACCCGGCUGUUACCGUAACUAUGAGCAUUACGGCCUGCGGCAUCGACGCAGUGCGUCCAAUGCCUGCUUCCCGAAUCUGCCCAACGACCUGCCUGCAACACCUGACAGCCCGAACCGCCGACUCCUCGACUAUGCCCAGAGCGUGCCGGGUACUCAGAACGAUGAUUACUAUCAAGACGAGAUGCCGGCGCAGCACGUCAACCAGGCCAACAUGACGUCUAGCGAUGAAGAGAAAAAAGACAGCAGAAAAUUCGAGAAAAUUGAUGAAAUACCUAGCGAAUUCGAGUGUUGCUUUUGUACCACGAAGGAGUACAAAGACUUCAGCGACGCGGAGAACAUAAUGCCGCUUGCCACCAGCGACUUUCGUAAUCCAGUCUGUCAGGAAAUGAGGUCCCUCAGGUUCAUCAGCAGUGGCGGCGGCGGCGGUGGCGGUGGUGGUAUUGGGGGCGGAAGCGGAAGUGGCGCGGACCAGCUCGUCAGCUCGUCGCUCGCGGAAACGAGGACGUCGCCCGUGCAGCCGCCGGAGACCCUGAGCUUCGCGAGGACCUACAACGAGCAGGAGGGCUACGCGAAGACGUACAACGAGCAGGGAAGCGUCGACAGUUCCGACACGUACGCGAGCUGUCAGACUCAUCCGUCGCAUUCGCAGGGCGAUCUGACCGAGGAAGCGGACAGCAAUCUUUACGUGAAUCCCCUGGAGGCAACGGAGAAAUGCGGGACCGGUCGGGUGAAAAAAUCCAUUUCCGGCGAGGUCGGGCGAAACGUCUCCACCGAUGCGUCGCCCAGUAUCGAGUCCCUGAAGGAGAUCCGGCCUUUUAACGAGGUCAGCAAAGUCAACCUGAACGACACGAUACCCAAGCAUAGGAAAAUAAGGAUCCAACAGAGCGUGAAGCCGCGGGCGCAAUUUUUCGGCGAUCAGGAGAGCAUGGUGGCGCGCGGCAUCCUGAGGGAGGACAUCGCCAACCUGGAGGACAACAAUAACCAUUACCGCGGACUGCGCGGUGGUAGACCCUCCCUGUUCGCGCCGACAAACAGCCUGGCCUCCGCCACGCGCAUCAUCAAUCAUCACUUGUUCGGAUCCCUCGGCGGGCCCAAGCAUUACGCAGGAACGAGCGCCGAAAGUAAGCUCUCGCUGUCGGCGGACUCGAUAGACAGUGACGGGAUGCCGUUCGUGGACCGCCACCGGGCGUCGAGGUCGAUCCUGAAGAAGUCCGACAGCGGCAACAAUUACUACAGCAAUACCGGCGACUCGGACACCGAGAAGCUAAUCACCGACAGCGUGUCGACGGCGAGCGUGUGCGACAACGAGACGACCGCGUGCGAACUGCAGAGCAACGCGAACGUUUCGCGCACGAGGAAGCGCCCGGUAUCGCCGUUACUCUCGCGGCAGGUCCUCGAGUCGAUGUUCCGGACGAACAACAACGCCGACAGGGAGUACACGAGUGGCGAAAGAGACAGAGGGAGAACCAGUGCGAGGACGCCGAAGAUCCUGUUUGGUGACGUCGAAGAGGAGAAGCACGCCCGCGACGAGGCGGUGGCGGAGAAUCAGAACAAGGAGGGACAGCCACGGCGGCCAAAAGUACGUAUGCAAGAGGAGUCCAGGGAAAGCCAGACCACGCUGAUAGUACGUCCCGGCAAAACGAAGAAGAUGCCGCCGGCAGACGAGAAGAAAAAGGCGAGCAAGUCGAGCGGGCACGGUUGCGCGACCUACAAGAGCACCGACGCGAAUUGUCUUCCUCAGGAGUACCGUUUCUCAUGGUAGCGGCUUUCCCUUCCGCUUCCUGGCGGUCCCUCGCUGUCGCGCACCGUGCACAAUCGUAUCAAACGUCUGAUGAUGAUCAAUUUACGCUCGCGCGGCCGCGCUACUGCUCAUCGUCUGUGCCUGACAAUCGCGUUACCCUCAGUGUUGGUUGCACCGAUAAUCCUGGUUGAUUAGUCGCUGACAGUUUCUAAUUAAUCAAUCGCAAAGGAAACCUGAUACGCUUGAGACAUAAAGUGGAGACUGGAGAGUUGAUUGAUCAAGAUAACGGUGCAGCCGAUCCUCAGACCUGAGCGUUCGGAUAAGCGCGGGCUGACGCGCGAUCAGAGAUCGUCAACGUUGACAUAAUGAGUUCACGCAAUGAACGUUCGUCGCGGACAAGCGGACGGACUGGAGCGGACGAAGCAGCAGCAGUCGAAGCAAUCAGAUUGAUUGACGCGUAAUGUACAAAUAUCGGCGAGUCGACACGAUGGAUGUUGGCAUCGUCAUCGCUGGUGUCACCUCGAUCAGACUGUCGCGUGUCACAAGUCGCGCGUAGGGAUCGCACGAUCCCGUGUUAAUCUUCCCGCCUAAUAUCUCUCAAGCAAGUUUCUAGGACGGCUUUGCGUGUCGCGAUAAGUUUGUCGCGUUAAAAUCGUGAUACUGCAGAAAUAACUACUGCGAGUUUAUUCGUUAUGAUGACGGGAGAGCCUGCUCGCUGGCUCUCCCGAUGCAAUACCGUGGUGCCGCGCGCUUUUUCGUUACGCGUUUUGACGUCGUCGAUGUACGGAAUUAAUUUUACAAAUUAAUUGUACACGCAUACGAUGACCGUGUCAUCGUGUUAGGGCACGCUAGCGAUGCAAGCACAAGCCGCGCUUGAUCGGCGAUCCUGUCGAAAUCAAAACGCGACGACGUAAGCGACGGCGUAAGUGUAUACAGCCGCCUAAUUCCGCUACAGUGUAACCAGUACGGGCACUCGGGAGUCCUCGGGAUAUCAUUGCAUAUCAUGCCGAAUUGGCACUUAGUAGGACGAGAAGACUAAUUAAAUUUCGUGCGUCACGUGGCAUGUACUAUGAGGCUCAAACUUUGAUACGAAACGAGACGAUCGUGAACGUAAGAUUAAGGUAAAUUUAAGAUUAACUUAAGAGUCUCGAGUCGCUGAUAAUACGCUGAUAAUAUUACGUGCGACGCAACUAUUAUCGACGAGAAUUUCAUCUAUGUCAGCCUGAGAUUUCAAUCUUCUUUUCUAAUGUGAUUUUUCGCAUAAAUGUAUUAGGUAAAUUUAUAAGAUUAAGAGUCUCGAGUCGCUGAUGAUAAAAUUCAACAAUUUUAUUCCAAAUAGCAUUUCAUUCAUGUCGAGAUAUCUGCUCGAAAAAAAUCUUCUAAAAGAGAACUUGAUGUUUCAGAUAUCUUUCGAAUAUUUCUCGUAAUUGCAUUUUGGGCAAAUCGGCCUCUCGAGCGUCAAAACUCCUGACGAACGGUCAAAUCUCAGGCAGAGGAACGUGAAGAAACGCUGACAGCGAGCGAGGAGUGCGUUUACUGAUUGUACUGUGCGUAAUGCGACUUGACAAUAUACUGCCUCUUUCAAGUCCCGGCACUGAUCUCGACAUUCUGCCGUCAGCAGCAUCGAUUCAUCCGCUUCGCAAAAGUUUAGCCAACGAAUUAACGACCCUCGUGAUACUCUAGACAAAGCAGAUUAGGGCAUUUUCAUAUAGUACUUCAUAGACGCUAGUCGUCUUCGUUUAGCAAUCGCAAAUUAUCGUUGUAGAUGUCGGUGUACAUAGAUUACAAACAGGUGGAACUGUGAGGAGAGUUCCGAGACAGGACUUCCAGAGCAAGCCAAGUCCGCGUGUUUUUUGACUUUCGCAAUAUUUCAUUCCCUCCUCGUUACCGAGCAAUGUAGGGGUCUUGAUUCCAUCCCAGAAUCGAAAGGUUGUACCUGGACUCGUUUUCGUCGGACCUGAUCGUGCCGUCUUCAGUACGACGAACGUUUCCCGAGUGAGAUUUCGCGUUCAGAUGCACGAACGACCACAAUUAUUGGGGCCCGAUUUUUGUGCUUUUCAACGACCUGUGCAUCGCGUAAGCCUGCGUAUUAAAUCAAAAAAGGAAAAACAAAAACGAUGCCUAGCCUACGAUUACUUAUACGGCAACGGCAAACGUCGCCGCUACUUGAUCCGGAAACGCAGUCGCGGUAACGAUCGUGCUUCCUACAAGAGAGCGAAACACAGAACGAGCGCACACCAUCCCUGUAGAUUUCGCAUGGUAGUUGAACGCGAGCCACUUGGGUGCCUCACAGUGGUAGCUCACCCUCUUUUGAGGCAUCCAACUCGACAAGUUUCGAUCGCGCGGGCAUACCCGUUUCCAGCCGAAGGGUUCUCGCGGUUGGCGAUCGACCGUUUUAUUCGUCGGGGCUCGUCCCCUCGCGCCGGUCUUCCGCAACGAUUUAAUAAACCGCGCGAGCGCUCCGAUUCUAGUCUUAGAUGUCCAUCGAUGAGAAGUACAUAUCUGCAACACAUUUCUAGUCAUUGUUACGGUAGUCGUAGGGGAAAGUGAGAAUAACGUACAAACGUGUAUCUACAUUAUCGUCCGCCCGGGUAGUCGUCGACCCGCGCGGCUCGUUGUUACGCCAAUGUUCUGUGAAUCGAGCCUCGGGUAUUUUCUACCGCAUUCGUAAAACUCGCUUCCGCCUCUGCGUAAGGCUCACGUUGCGUGCAGGAUGAUUCCUCAUUUCCGAGUUGUUGCCGCGUUUACUCCGUAGUCUUGAACGACUGUAGAAUGGCGAGUGGAUCGAAAGGGGCGAAGAAGGAGAUCACCAUCAUGUGAGAAACAAGUGCAAAAACUCGAGUGCAAUGUAAAGUGUUCCGUCGAGAUCGACACGACGGGUGACACGUUGUGUGCGGAGGAAGCAUCUAUUCCCUCAAAACGACGUUCUUUUCCUUCCACGAGCCACUCGUACGUCGUUUGCGUACCUGUUAUUCAGAGUCGGAUACCUUAUGCCGCUUAGAGCCUCUAAGUAAACGAAAUCGAUGUCUACUGCGAGCUAACGUAGUCAAGUUUUAGGAAGUUCCUGGACCGCGCACAAAAGAAAAUACGGUCUAUCGUUUAUUAUCGUAAAUUGCAUUAGUGACAGAGAGCAGAGCACGCACCGUUUAGUCAGCGUACAUAUAGUACAAAGGACGCCGCGCCGUAGAACGUCGCGCGUCAUCACGAGAAAAUCGACUGGAUGCUGAAGAAAACUCCCAUCGCUACGAACGAUCAAUCGCGCACGCAUGAAGCCGUUGUCUCGUCGCGUUAGCCGAGUUUACUCGCGCGAGAGACGCGUGCGGCGCGCUUACUCGAGGAGCUUCUGGCAUUUAAUUUCUUCAGUCUUUUCGAUAGUUCUUCAGGCCGUUUCGAAGAACCCCGCCGAGUCUUUCUUCGGGUUGAUAGAGAUGAUUUAUUUUUUACUUCGACUUCCAGUCUUCUCGCGCAGGCCGUAGUGCAGCUGUAAUGGGACGAAUCGCGUUAUCGCACAAAGUCGAUAUUACCUUAAGCGCUAGCUGGUCUGACGCCGAUCAAUCGCGCAAAUCUUUUUUUUUCGGUCCUCCAAGGCCUAUUCCCCCAGUAGCUUUUAAGCUGGUAGCGUGUAAAAAUGAAUAAAGUUGUAACUUGCUAGUUUUUGUUCACU